GUACGUCACGUGAAGGUUGAGAGGCGUAGAAAACUUCCUGUGCCCUCUUCCCACCGGGUCGUUGGGUGUCACAUGCUCGCCAGCCCCCGACUUUCUCGUCUGGGCCUUCCUUUGGUGCUCCACCUCCCCCCCUCCCCGGGCCUUGCGUCGAACCUAUUUAGCAAGGGCACCCACGCCGGAAAUCCCGACGGCGGCAGCGGCCUCGGCGGAGAGCGAGGGACGUUGUCUCCGGAGGCAAGCGAGGCAGACCGGAAGUGCCUCGGUCUCGGCGGCUGGCUGGCGGAGCCAUAGACAGUGUGCACAUUCACUCACACUCAUACACACACACACACCGGAAGCCGCUGGUCAGAGGCGGAGGCGGCGGCUGACGCUGAGACCGAGGCCGAGGCAGGCCGCGGAGCCCCCGAGUGUCAGUGUCCCUCCUGCCGCGGGGCCGACCGGGCCGGUCGCCAUGGAGCCCGGGGCGGCGGAGCUGUACGACCAGGCGCUGCUGGGCAUCCUGCAGCACGUGGGCAACGUCCAGGACUUUCUGCGGGUGUUGUUCGGUUUCCUUUACCGCAAGACGGACUUCUACCGCUUGCUGCGCCACUCGGCGGAUCGAAUGGGCUUUCCCCCUGGGGCGGCCCAAGCCAUGGUGCUGCAGGUGUUCAAAAACUUUGAGUACAUGGCGCGUCAAGACGAUGAGAGGAGAAGAAAGGAACUUGAAGAGAAAGUGAGAAGAAGGGAAGAGGAGGAGGCCGCAGCAGCAGCAACUGCUGAAAAAGUGCCAGCCCCAGCCCAGGAGGUGGAGAUAGACUCUGGUGCAGAGUGUGGCUCUGCUGCAGGGGCUGCUGGGCAUCAGGAAACCAAGAAGGUGAAGCCUCCUGCACCUCCAGGGCCUGAGCAGGAGGCAGGUCACGGCUCUGCAGAGGUAGAACCUCCAGCAAUAGCUGUUGCUGAUGUUCCAGUUGAACCACCAGCCCUUCCCAAGAGACAGGAGCAGUUCCAGAAAAACCCCGACAGUUACAAUGGUGCUGUACGUGAGAACUACACCUGGUCUCAGGACUACAGUGACCUGGAGGUUAAGGUGCCAGUGCCCAAGCAUGUCCUUAAAGGGAAGCAGGUGUCUGUGGAUCUCAGCAGUAGUUCUAUCCGUGUGACAAUACUAGAAGGGAGUGGGGAACGUGUUCUCAUGGAAGGAAAAUUCACCCAUAAAAUCAACACUGAAAGUUCUUUAUGGAGCCUUGAACCAGGGAAAUGUGUCUUGAUUAAUCUGAAUAAGGUUGGAGAGUACUGGUGGAGUGCUAUCCUAGAAGGAGAGGAGCAAAUUGACAUUGACAAGAUAAACAAGGAACGUUCAAUGGCAACAGUGGAUGAAGAGGAACAUGCCGUACUGGAUAGACUGACCUUUGACUACCACCAAAAACUACAGGGCAAACCCCAGAGCCAUGAGCUGAAAGUCCAUGAGAUGCUGAAGAAGGGAUGGGAUGCUGAAGGCUCCCCCUUCCGAGGCCAGAGAUUCGACCCAUCCAUGUUCAACAUCUCCCCAGGGGCUGUGCAGUUUUAAUGACAAGAAGGAAAGGAAACUCACUCGAGUCAAGCUCUUGGAAGUAGAGGAUAAGGCAGAGAGAGGCCUUUUUGUGUGGGCUCUUUCCCUCCUGCUUUUCCUCCAUGGCUCCCAUGCAUGCCUGGGACUCAUCUUGUCCACCCCUGUAUCUAUCUUUAUUUGCGAGGGGUGUUUGGGUACCCCAAUCUCCUCCCUCCUCCCUUCUUGUCUGUUUCAGGGAAGAAGGGGGGAAAGUAGAGGGAAGGUUAAUGCAUAGCAACUGCUAUGGCUGAUGCCAAGUUAGGAUAAUUUGUUAUGCAUGAGGGAGAUGUCCUAGCAAAUGCAGGAUUACAUACUCCUGUCACCACGGUAACCAGCCACUGCAAGCCGCAUUUUCUUUCCUUCUGUGUUCUCUGCUUGCUGUUGUUUUGAUGCGAUUCUGCUCAGUUCUCUUUAGGGGAUGGGGAGGGAGGGUUGGGGCGGGGGGAAGGGAGUUGCUGUUGCUGGGUUUUUUCCCUGCAGUUGUUGGAGUGAUUUGGAGUUGUGACUUAUGUGUGCUGAUGAGAAGCGGCUCUGUGAUGGCUGCUUCAGGCUGUACUGUUUCAGGAAGCCCCUUGGUUUGGCCUUUUGUUUAAAGACUUCACAUUCAGUCUUGCUCAUCAGUUUGUCAAGUCCUAUUUUUUCCUGCCUUUGGGUGCCUCCCAGGCACUAGCAGUAGGAGGUUGAAGCUGCACCCACAGUGGCAGAAACCUGCCUAGUUGGGAUUCUGUAUCUUUAUUUGUUGCUCUCUUACUAAACAAGGCCCAGAUAUUGGAAGGAAGUGCAAGUUCUCCCAGCAAGGAUCAGCUGCAGUUAGGGAUUUCUGUCUCAGGAAAGAGUGCAGGAUAGGGCUUUCUAAUCAUGGCUUUCUCUGAGGCCAGGGAAGGUUAGGCCAGCGCCUGUGCUUCCUUGUGUUGGCCAUGCAUUCUAUUCCACUCUUGUCUGAGUAAUUGAUUUCUGGGUGCCACGGUUCUUCUGUGUUUAUCCUCAAGUCUCUUUUCAACCCCAGUGAUCCACAACUUAUAUUUUGUUUACAUACAUCUCCUAGAUGAAUGUAGAGUUCAGUGGGAGGCAGGACAGUCUCUGAGAACAGGGGAGAAAUUUCAACAUACAAUUAAUGAUAGGUUUACCCUAUGCUGAAGGGCACGAAGCAGUAGAAAUCCUCAGAUGACUAAUGGGUAGCCAGAAUAGGAUAUCAUUGCCCUCAGCCCUCAAUGGCCCCAGUGGAACCAUUGCUGUUUGUGUAGAAUAAUUGCACUAAGGGUAGGAAUAAGGAUGCUGGCUCCUGUGUGCUGAGCAGAGAGGCAGAAAUGUCAGCAGCUUGGUACUCUCAAAAUCAUGCUCUGUAUGAGCUAGCUGCAUUUUAUAUCUUUGUUCCCAUCUGCUCCUACUGUGCAGCAGUGGUUGGUUACUUAGGAGAAAGAACUCACUUGGUUACUUAGAAGAAAGAACCUUAUUAACACCUAAAAAACAACUGUCUUGCUAAUCUGUGCUAUUGACAAGGAUGGGACCUCCACUUUACAAACUGCUUACAGGUGAGCUGACCUGCUGACUUCCUUCUGAAGUCUAGGAACAAGUACUCUUUAUUUCUUUGCUUGUUCAGGGACACUUUUUUUCAGUGUUCCUUAGAAACCACACAUCACUGUUAACUCAAAAGAUAUAAACAUAGCCCACUUUUGAUUAAAUCUUUAUCCCAAUCCCAUUUGACCACCACUCAGAAGGUAAAGCCUUCAGGUUCGCCUAGCAUUGCACAUCUGAUUAAUAGAUAAUCCAAGAAGAUAAAUUAGAUCAUUUUUUUUGAGUUCCUGCAGAAAUGUCUCUUUACUUCAGAACCCCACCCCAAUUUAAGGUCACCCAGAAUUAAUGCCUGCGUAUUCUUAUUGUGACCCUUUUCUGAGAGAAUAAUAGACUGAUUUUUAUGGGACAAAUAGUUCCUCAUGCUCACUCACUCCUAUAAGGAGUGGGUGGGUCCAGCAACUAAGUAGUGAUCUUACUGAGGCUGUCAUUUCAGAGUCAGCCACUGACUUAUUUAUAAUUCAUUUUCAGCCACAUUAUUUCCCUGGAGUCCUUAUAAGAAAGCCAUUCAACUCUCAUCCCCCGGGAACUUUUCAUAGGACAUGUAACUUUUUUCUGCAGAAAAGACCAAGGGCAACCUCUUGAGUUACAUGGUGGAUCUCUUCAGAAUCAGAAGUGUUAAGGCAUCCAGGUGGUGUUGGGGGCAGCAUUAGCUUAUUCCAAACAGUUAAAGACUCCUAAAAAGUCUUAAGAGGUAUCUCCUCUUGGGGAAGUGAUGGUGGACAAAUGUUGUGUUGGAGUUAGUCACUAAGGCUGUGGUUUUUAUGAAUCAGAAAUAGAACUGUUCUCUAAAAUUACAGAGCAAAAAUAACAAAAAUCCAUUGCCUAUUAUGAGGGCCUUGUGCUUUGAAACUUGCUAAAAUAGAAGGGUCUCUGCUCAUUUCUCUCUGAGGUCAUAUGAAAGGGAGUGAGGCUAAUACAUCCUCAUUUCAAAGUAGCAUUUCACAGAUGGAAUGCUAUGUUUAAAGACUCCUUUGUUUUAAAUUUUUAAUGACGUUUAUAUGCACCUCUUGAACUUUGUCCAUCUCUCUUGCUGUUCUUAGCAUAUUUCUAAUUCAUACUUAUGCCAACUCCUUAAGUAUCCGUGGUGUAGGAGCUUUGUAGAAGGGUAUAUGUGGUUUGGCUAAAGCAGGGACAAUAGAUAAUCUGUCCAUAAACUACUGGAUGAUUUUUUAGAAUGACUCACUUCUAAUUGUAAAUGUUUUUCUACCCAGGGCAUUAUUUGAUAGUGCCCUAAUGUGGCUUAGGUCUUCUGUUAGGAAGUAUCAGAUGAUAGAAGCUCUACUAGCAUGCCCCUAUUAAAAGAAAUGAAACCACUAAACAAAAAUAGGAACUUUUAGGGGUGUUUAAUUACAUUAUAGAAGGACUCACUGGAAGAUUCCUUUUAGUAGCAAGCUGCUCUGGUGAAUGCAUGUUAAGUGACUAGACUUGGAAGACUUGGACUUAGACCCACCUUUCCAGGAUAUACAUUAAUCACAUCUAUCUGUAUUUUUAAACCUUCAUCCUCUCCUCUGUAAUGAUUUGCUUUUUCUCUUCUUAAACUUCUGCCCUACCCUUUCUGUCCAUGUGCCAGUCCAGCCCUCCAGAGUCAGUGCACACUACCUGUUUUAUUUGUUUUAGAACCAACAACAACAACUUGGCCACUAAGUUCCACCAACAGAGAUUCUGAGCAAAGCAGGGCAACUCACUUCCCUUCUCCAGGGGAGCCAAAGAGAUUAGGGCGUGCUACAUCCUGAGGCUUCUGUCCUUCACACACUCCACAUUUCUGUGUUGGUUUGCAAUAAAUCUGUAUUUAAGCAGCUUGUUGUCUGUGUGUGAGAUUUGAUGCUGAAAAAAUUCCAUCUAUAUUUGAUGAUUAAUUGUGACAUAUUAUUUCAAGAUUUCUGGGCUCAGAUACAUAGGAAAUGCUGUUAAUGAAUUAAUAUUAGUUGGUUCCCACCCACCAGCACUCUCAUGUUACUUAUUUGGACUGCCAGACUCUGCGCUGUGCUUGGAAGUCUAAUGGGAUUUUGAACUGUAUUUCCAAAUGAGAAGGAAAUUGAAGUUCUACAUCCUCUAUUUAGGUGCAAAGAGAUGAUUAGUGCAUUUUGGCAGAUGAUACCUGAAUUAUAUAUUAACCUCAACAUCUGGAUAGUGCUAAGAUGAAUACCUCGCAAUAACCUGUCCCCUUAGAACUCUUCCAUUGAAGGAUCCCUCCCAGUUAAAAACAAUUCAGAUGAGAUUUCAUCUCAUAUGUAUGUCCUUGCCUCUGCUUUUCUCUUGGGGAGUCCCAUGAAUAACAAUAAUACUUAAUGUCUAGGAAGCAAACUUUUUCAUUCCCAUUUAUACUUUAUACUGUAGCCCCUCUAAUUUAGUAUUUUGCCAUGUAUUAGGGAAAAAAUAGUAUUUUCCUUCCCUCAGUUGCUGAAAGUUGGUGCUCUCAUCCUUUGGUAUAUACUAUAUCUCAUACUACAAAGAUGGAGGUAGAAGUGGAAUUCUGGGAAACAAGGGAAUAUUGUAACAAUUUGUGUGUUCAAAAAUAGCAUGAAUUGUCUCCAGAAGAGUGGAUAUCCCCCUCACAGGAGGUCUCUGAGCAAAGGCUUGAUCAUGGGUAUGUUGUGGAAGGAAUUCUUAUUCAGGUAGGAGUUGGACAAGGUGGCCUUUAAGGUUUCUUCGAAUCAAGUGAUCGCAUUCUCUGAUAAUGUAAAUGAUGAUAUCAUGUACCAUGGAGUUCUGCAGACUCAUUUAAUGUGUAUUCUGAACUAUAGUGUUGAGAAUGGGCAGCAUGGUAAAACAAACAAACAAACAAAACUUGGAACCAGAAUACAUAAAUCCUACUAUUAGAACUUUGUAGCUUGUGGCAAAUCACUGCAUGUCCACAGAGCAUAGUGCUUGGAACUGGAAUUGACAAGACCCAGGUUCAGAUCUUUAGAUUUUUACUAGCUAUGUGACCUUGAACAAGUCACUUAAACUCCUUGAGUUUUGUUUCCUCAUAAAAUAACACCUGCCUCACAGGGUUGUUGUGAGAAUCAUAUGAGAUAAUAUAUGUGAAACUAAAUUUUAAAUUAUGUAAAUACAGGCUACUGUUAUUUAUUUCUCUGCUUCUAAUCUCCUUGUCUGUGAAAGGAAGUGAUUGGACCACAUGACCCUUUAAGGACCUUCUAAAAUUGUAUGGUCUUUUAGUUAAUUAGGUGAACUGUUAAACAGUGCCCUGCCUCAAUAUGGAUUUUGUUCUAUUUUAAGUCAGGCCUAACAUUUCAGAACCACACCGGAUCCACCCUGGGAUAAACUCAGGUGUUCCUCAGUCUAUUCUUAGACUUCCAAGGCCAUCACUCCAACCACAUCUUCCAGUGCGCAUGAAAAGAGGGGUUGUGCUCUGAGGUUUGAGGCAAGGCUGGGUUUUCUGAUUACCUUUACACGCCCUUCCUGCUCUAGAUAGGCAGAUACAUAGAAGAGAGCUUUAAUUGCCUGGAGAUACCCAAAUUUUGCUUGCCUUGUGUUGCAUGGUACUGCACAACUACCUAAAGUUAGCAGUGUUUGGAAGAGUAGUCAGAUUGGUUAUGGGCAGAAUCAUAUUGAUGAUGUGAGCAGGGCAAGUAAUACUCUUAUCCCUGUGUUGUCUCUCUUCCCCUCCCGCCCCCCAACAACUUUUAUAGAAAUGAAAUUUGAUUAGGGUAAACAUUAGAGGCAGCCUUGAGAGGGAAAAGGAACCAUACAAAUGCAUUGCAUAGUGCAUCCUAACCUAAGGGAUGUACAUAGAAUUGGGAAGGGUCAGUCACCUAGAUGAAAAGGUUUGAGGUUAAUUGUACAUAUAUGAACCUCUGGACUGUUAACACCACCUGGUAGCCUUGUUAUAUUAGCCCAAUUGCAGGAUUAUAGAUUUGGAACUAGAAGAGCUCUCAGAGGUUAUCCAUCCUUUCAUUUUCUAGAUGAGGAACUGAGGUCCAGAGAGUUUAGGUGACUUGUCCAGGGCCGUACAAGUAUUAGUGGCCGAACCAACAUUCUGAUUGAGUAUUCAAACCCAGGUACUCUGGCUCUAAGUCUGAUACUCUGCACUGCACUUUAUUGCCAUAAAUCAUUUGUGGGCCGGAAAGGAAGUAAACGGUAUUAAGGACAGGGCCUGAUACUGGGCCUUUCAAGAAUCAAAAUUGUAAGCGAAAACAUUUUCAGGAAAGAUCAGUUGAUCUUUAAAGAACUGAACUGAACUUGCACCAUUGGGAAACAAAGCUACCAUCACCCCACCUCAAAUCUGUUCCCUUGACUGGUCGGCUGGGAAGAAUUGGCCCCAGCAAGUCCAUUGGACGAUAAGAUCAGUUCACAUUUGUUCAGUGUGAAGGGAAUACAGCCAUAAGCUCAGAAUCCAACAGCAAGUUAGACAUUGCUCUGGCACAUGACACAGGCAACCUCUUUGCCCUAAAGAUUUAACACAACCUCAAGGCAAUUUCCAGAAUAAGAAAUAGAAGGAGAAAAGGCGCUCAAACUGAGAAAUUAGAUGGAAAUGCUGAUGGAACUUAGCACAAAAUUUUCACAAUGCAAAAGUGGCUUUUGAGGCCUGACCUCAAGGAAAUGUGUGGAGCUGUGGUCUAUGUUAGGGGAAGCGCUAGACCUGAAGUUAGGUGAUAUGGGUUUGAAUCCUGCCUCAGAUGCUUAGACAAGUCAAUUAGCAUUUUUGGACCUCAGUUUUCUCAUCUCUGAAAUGGGGGUGAUAUUUGAUACUACUUCUUUGUGUUGUGGAGAUCAAAUGAAGUUAAUGCGUGAAGUGCUUUGCAGACAUUGAAGUGCUAUAUACACAAGCUAUUAUCACUUGUCUCUAGAUUGUGGUGAAGAUGGAGAAUUGGCUUAAAAUGCUGGCCCAACAGAACUUCAUUAAUCAGAUUCCAAUCAUUCAAAAUGUGAUCAUUCAAAAAUGGACUGGACUAGUUUACCUUUCCUCUUCCUAAAAUCAGAAAAUGUGUGAAGCGAAUGAUGUAAAUAAAAUUGCAGGAGCUAUAUUUAACAUACUAAAUGAAUUUGAUGCCUCCAAGGAUUUCUGAUGCAUUUUAAAAUUGACUAGUUAUAAAUAAUUCUUGUCCAUCAAAGUAGGGCCAUUUGUGCCUCUGACAACACUGAAGCCACUUUAUGUAUUUAAAAGAAAUAAAAUGAUUUUUGAAAAAUGCUAA